AUGUCGGUGCGCAGGUCCCCGCUCUUCCUGUGCGCCCUGGCGCUGGCCGUGGCGCUGGCCCCGGGGGAGGUGGUGGAGAAAGGGGCCGGCGGCGGGCAGCCCCCCCCGGGGCCCGAGACGGAGGAGCCGGGCUGCCCUGUCUGCCUGUGGCGGAAGCACAGCAAGGAGAUGCGGCUGGAGAGCAUCAAGUCGCAGAUCCUGAGCAAGCUGCGGCUCAAGGAGGCGCCCAACAUCACCCGGGAGGUGGUGAACCAGCUGCUGCCCAAGGCGCCCCCGCUGCAGCAGAUCCUGGAUUUGCAUGACUUCCAGGGCGACGCGUUCCCGCAGGACGAGUACCUGGAGGAGGACGAGUACCACGCCACCACCGAGACUGUCAUCAGCAUGGCCCAGCACACGGACCCGGUGGUGCAGAUAGAGGGGAACCCCCACUGCUGCUACUUCAACUUCAGCCCCAAGAUCAUGUUCACCAAGGUGGUGAAGGCCCAGCUGUGGGUGUACCUGCGGCCCGUGCAGCACACCUCCACCGUCUACUUGCAGAUCCUGCGCCUCAAGCCCGUCACCGAGGAGGGCAGCCGCCACAUCCGCAUCCGCUCCCUCAAGAUCGACCUCCACUCCCGCCUGGGCCACUGGCAGAGCAUCGACUUCAAGCACGUGCUGCAGAACUGGUUCAAGCAGCCGCAGAACAACUGGGGCAUCGAGAUCAACGCCUUCGACCCGAACGGCAACGACCUGGCCGUCACCUCCCUCGGCCCCGGAGCAGAAGGGCUGCAUCCCUUCAUGGAGCUCCGUGUGCUGGAAAACAACAAGCGCUCGCGGCGCAACCUGGGGCUGGACUGCGAUGAGCACUCCACCGAGUCCCGCUGCUGCCGCUACCCGCUGACUGUUGACUUUGAGGCCUUCGGCUGGGACUGGAUUAUUGCCCCUAAGCGGUACAAAGCCAACUACUGCUCGGGCCAGUGCGAGUACAUGUUCAUGCAGAAGUACCCGCACACCCACCUGGUGCAACAGGCCAACCCCCGGGGCUCAGCCGGGCCCUGCUGCACCCCCACCAAGAUGUCCCCCAUCAACAUGCUUUACUUCAAUGACAAACAGCAGAUUAUCUAUGGGAAGAUCCCGGGCAUGGUAGUCGACAGAUGCGGCUGCUCUUAAAACCCAGCCGGAGCUCCCCCAGCCCCGCUCCUGUGCUCCUGGCCAACCAGCAAGCGUCAUCUUUGCUUCCCCCCUUUUUUAUAGAUAUAAAAAGAACAAACAUUAAAAUUCUUUUGUGAAUGUCGGGGGAGGGGGGAGAGACAGAACCCCCCAAGAAAAACAAACCAAACCCAAACUCUCCCGCGCUUCGCCAUGCACUGUGCAAUAAGCAAACGUCCCCACAUGGGGGGGGCCAGCUGGGGUACCGCUUUCCUCCCAAGGCAAGUCUGCAAAGGCAUUAUUCCCUGCCCCCUCAACCCCACCCGGCCAUCGGCAGCACCAAGCAGCUGUGGCUCAGAGAGGUGUCUCUUACCGGGGUUUGGUUCUUGGAGGACUAGCCGGUCCCUGGGCGGCCUGGGAGCGAAAUGGUUAACGCUGAGAUGGCAGGACAGCGACUCUUCAACCGUUUACAAGCAGUGGAAGCUUUCUAUGUGUUUAAGUUAAAAACAAAAAAUCAGAACAAUUAUAUGGAGUUGGAGCACCCACAGAAACACACAGGAUAUUUUGUACGGAACGAGAGAAGAACCGAAGAACAAAGCGGCCUGGUAAAAAGGAAAGAUACCCUGGAUCACUGGCCUUUUCUUCCAGUGGUUUUGUUUCGGGGGGGACGGGAGAGGAGAUUUCAGCUGCCUGCCCUUUGAGAGAGAGAAUUCCCCUGGCAGGGCUCCCGGCCGCAGCCAGCAGCCAGCGUGUGCUGCGGAGAGCUAGGAGGGGACAUGGAGGGCUAGGGCUGCAUUGCUGAUGUUGGAAAGUCUGAUCCUGCUGGCCCAGCACAAGUUAAACUGCCUGAUCUGAUCCCACCGCCUGGCCCAGAGCAGGUGCCAUGAGCCCAGAUUAUGGUCAGGCUCCCUGAUCUCAUUGUUCCUUGUCAAUCUGCUCCAGAGCAAACUCACUCCAAUCCCAUCACCCCUUGUGCACCCCAAUGCCCUCAUCCCAUCACCCCUCAA